UUUGAAAUUCAACGGCUCUUCCAAGCUUGUAUCUUUAUUCAAACACAGAUGUUACAGAGCUGAUGUACAGUUUACAGAACAACAAUAAUCAUGAAAAACCCUCUUUCUUCAUCUUCAUCCUCUACCCCAUACCAAACCAGAUUCUCCUCUCCCGCCGGCUUUUUCUCCACCAUGAUCCGGCGUCUCCUCUUCUGUUCCAAUUCUCUCCCGCCGUCAAACCACUCAUCCGCCGGCGCCGGCGAUAAUUUAUAUGCCAUGUCAGCUCCCUGUCUGGUAGCCAGACUCAUGGGGUUGGACUCUUUACCGAUGAACAACGAGUCGAGUCAGGUGAGUCGUCUUCGCCGCGAAGAACCAAAUUAUGCUGAGCUUGAAGAUGAUCAUUUCUUCAUUUUGAGUUUUGAGAAGAAAUUUAGAUCAAAGAAGGAUGAUAGAUCUAAGAUGGGUUAUGGGAAAUUGAAGAAAAGAAAUCAAGAACGAAGGAAAGUUUAUUCAAAUAGUAAAGAGAAUCGAAAUCCCAAUGAAGAUCCAUACGAGAGCAGCGGCAAAAAGAAGAAAAUAGAUGAGGAAGCUGAAAGCGAUUCUGAUUGGAGCCCUGUUUCAGUACUCGACAUUGAUGAAUUCGCCACCACAAGUUCAGAUCUUUCUACACCAGUGAAUGAGACAGAAGAAAUACAUUUGAUGAGGGGGAAUUUCAAGCUCUUGUUGACAUCGCCAAGAACUAAUCUAUUAAUUAGCUCAUUCUAUAAUAAUAAUAAUAAUAGGAUGCCCAACAACAGCAAAUGGCGCAGCAAAAAGAGAAAGAUGUGGAAUGAAAUUGGAAGAAUUUCUGAAGAAGAGAUGGCUAGAUCAAGAUGGGAUUAUGGAGAAGCUUCAAAGCUUCAAGAAUUUGAAGAGAUUGGAGAUUGUAUUACAGAGAUUUUGUUGAGGGAGAUCCUAGAAGAGAUGAAUUGAAGAUUGUAUUACUUUGAUCAUGAACCACAUUCAAAUACAUCUUUUAUCUUUUUUUUUUUAUUUAAUUCACUUUUUAUAUGCCAAUCUUGUAAAUUUUGUCUCAUUGGUUGUA